AUGUCUCAACCAGUAGCAUCUCGUUUCUCAACCUGCUGUUGGAGGUCCUUCUUCGCAGAGGCCCGGCCGCAGAGGCAAUUCCGUCGGUCAAUGGUCACCAUACAACGGGGACCUGUGCAGAAGUUGGAGGUCCCCUCCGAUCUCCCACCGCAAUUGCUCCCUCAACUCCCAGAAAGAUAUAGACCGGGACGAAACCGACGAGAUAUCGUGAUCCACCCAUCCCCCAUAUCCGAGGCCGAGACAUGCAAAGAUCCUGUGGCCCAUGUGGACAAGCAGCAGCUAUCCAUCUUAGAUCCCACGGGCGCACGAGCGAGACUUUUCGACAAGGCGAACCCGGAUCGCGCAAAGGUCGGGGACGUUUUGCUUACGACCUUCAAAACCGGAGAACCUGUGUCGGGGGUCAUCAUGUCCAUCAAAGGCACCGGUCCACACACGUCGGUACUGCUGCGGAAUCAGUUGACCACGAUAGGAAUGGAGAUGAGCAUCAAGGUGCACAGCCCGCUCGUUCAAAGUAUGGAAAUCGCUCAGAGGUCACCCAAGAGGAAGAGACGUGCCAGGUUGUAUUACCUGAGAAAACCAGAACAUGAUAUGGGAAGCGUACAGAAGGUGGUGGAUCAAUACUUGAGGCAACGGGCCAUGUUGACGGGUGGGAAGCCUUCUAAACAAGCUGGCAGCUUCAGGUCGAGGAAGGGAAAGAAAUGA